CCCCCGCCGGCCCGGCUUAGGGGUGUGAUUGGGGAGGAGAUGCAUUAUCAUCAUGUGAAGGGCUGGAGGAAGAGAUAGAAGAAGGUAAGAGGAGGAGAAGGAGGACUCUCCUGGAGACAUCCCCAGUGCGCCCAGGGGAUCCCGCAGCAGCAGCGCUGGAGCCCGCACCGUAGCCCUGGCAUAGUGCAGCGGGCAGACAUGCACCUGGGGCUAGCUCGGCAGGAGACUCGGCUACCGAUGUCUGCCGACACCGUGCCGGCUCUCAGGGCAUGCAUCGGCUAGGGCGCCCUCAGCAGGUCCUUCUCCCGUUCUGCUGUGGUGUCUGAGGCUCCUCCAGACAGACAUGGGGAACAUCUCCUCCAACAUCUCCUCCUUCCAGUCCCUGCACAUCGUCAUGCUCGGCCUGGACUCGGCAGGGAAGACCACCGUCCUCUAUCGGCUCAAGUUCAACGAGUUCGUUAACACCGUGCCCACCAUCGGCUUCAACACCGAGAGAAUACGGCUCAGCAACGGGGCAGCCAAGGGCAUCAGCUGCCACUUCUGGGACGUAGGUGGUCAGGAGAAGCUGCGCCCCCUGUGGAAGUCCUACAGCCGGUGCACGGAUGGGAUCAUCUAUGUGGUGGACUCUGUGGACUCAGACCGGCUGGAGGAGGCCAAAACCGAACUGCACAAGGUGACCAAGUUCGCAGAGAACCAAGGGACCCCUCUCUUGGUCAUAGCCAACAAGCAGGACCUGCCCAAGUCCCUGGCAGUGGCUGAGAUUGAGAGGCAGCUGGCACUGCAGGAGCUGAGCCCAUCUACCCCAUACCACGUCCAGCCAGCCUGUGCCAUCAUUGGGGAGGGUCUCACUGAGGGCAUGGACAAACUCUAUGAGAUGAUCCUCAAGAGGAGGAAGACCCUCAAGCAAAAGAGAAAGCAGCGGUAACCCUGGACUAGGUGUCAUGCCAACCAAAGAUGCCCAUCAUGUAUCUGCCCACAUUUUGGCUGGCCAGUGAGCGCCCACUGUAGGCUUGGCAUUUAUAGCCCCCUCUCCAGAACCUACAAAGACCAAACUCCUUGCACUGUGUGCCAAGGGGACUCUGUCUACCCAGAGCAGGGCAGGACCCUGCCAAUUAACCCAUGUCCAUGCUGCAGGCAAAAGCCAUGUCUUUGCAGAGCAAUACUUGACCAAACCCUGCAGAACCACAUUGGGGGGUAUGUGACAUUACCAAUAUUAACCCAGAGAUGGUGUAUGACAGGCACUGGCACCUUGCAGAGAGGACCAGGUGGUGAGUGCCCUCUUGGAGAGCGGACCCCAGAUCUGGUGUGAUAGACAUGUUGCAAUCUGUAUCAUUUAUCCUUCCACCAAAAAUAAUGAAACUUGAAGUUUUGAGUGUACAGUGUUGACAUUAUGUCUGUGGAUCUGUCCUGUCACUGCCAUCUGUGGGUACUGGGUCUGCAGUGGAGCGUCUGUCUGAUGCCAGUGUCUGACAGCUGUGCCUGCUGCUCAUGUUUACCCCCCCCUGCCCUCUCUCCCUCCGUCCUAUCCACAGGUUUCAGAUGUAACAUGAAUUUUGUGGUCCAUUUCUGUGAUUCAGUCUCGCAAUGAAUGGGGUUAAUAUUUGGGGUGGGAACCAUGCUGGUAUCAUUCUGUGCCCAUUUCUACUGCAUGAGAUUAAUAUGAGAGAUUGCUAGAAACUGCCUGUUAGUCUCCGUCUUUUCUAGCCUCCAUAUUAUUUGCACUCCUUACUAAAAUGAUUGUUGAAAUUGAA